CGGAGGAAGAUGAGUCUGUGUCUUCUUCCCCAUCAGUCUCCGAGAAAAAAGAAAGUCUGCUGCAGCGGAUGUUAGCAUCCAUUGUCGAGGAAAGAACCAAAGUAUUCUCAGGAUCUGCGGAUAGUGGGUUUGAGUUGGUGACAGUCAAGCAGUUUUGGACGAGUCUCUUCUCUCAGUAUUUCCUCGAUGGCAGCUGUUCGCCUGAUGACAGCAGAGAUGACAUGCUGUUUUACGUCAGGAAAACAGUGGAACCAAAAUCAAAACAGAAAUUCUUACAGACCGAGAUUGAGGUAUAUCGCAGAGAUUCAAAGAAACUUCCGCCACUGGAAGACGCGUCCAUUGAUUGGGAGGAGACGGUUUAUCUGAAUAUUAUCUUACACCAGUUUAUUUAUACAGUAACUUGUGCUGUUUGUUCAAGAACCGGGGAGAAAGAGCUACAAAUACUUAAGAAAUUUAGCCAGCGUGUGUACCCGUCACCCAGUAAGAGAUGUAUGGAUGGCAAGGGGUCAGGAGAAGUUAUCACAUAUCCAAAUAUAUUUUUUGCAGUCGAUAAUUUUGAAGAGGCCUUCCAGGAUAUAAUUGUGCGUGACAGCGAGAGUAUCGCGGUGGAGUUGACGGCGGCUGACAAGGACGGGUCCGUGCAGGGUUUGAUCUUCCAGGGUUCGGUAAAAUACGAAUCUCUCAAACGGGUUUACGACACCAGGCUGAGUUUGACCUCGAAGAUGGUUCAGCGGAUGUCACUCGGCUGGUACAAGGGACAGAAGCGCGUCGAGUACAUGCGGAUGCGGGGGCCGCACGGCAAGGGGCAGGCCGAAAUGGCCGUCAGUCGGGUGAAGGGGUCAGGUCCGGAGACCCCCGAUCUGGAAAACUUUCCACUUGAUGACUUUGAUGAACAGCAACAGUAUGCACAAAGACGAAUGAGUGACCCGAGUUCGGGACUCAACUCGUGGGUUCGAAGCGGUUUCCGUCGUACGGCUAGCAUGAAGAAGUCGCGGUCAGAGACGGAAAAUGUUGACGUGCAUGAAGGGGAUGGUUGUCAUGAGGUGGAGGCAGGAACUAUACAGGAGGAGUUUGAGCCCAGUGUUGACCAGUACGGUGGGUUCUGGGGCAAGUCGUUUGGUCAGGCGUAUUACUGGUUCAAGGAGCAGCGACGGGCGGGCAGUGUGGCGCUCAACUCCUACCUGACCUACAUCACAUUGCCAUGGCACUGGAUCAUAGGAGAUGUUUUAGAUAACCAACAAGAGCCAGCAUUGACUCACUGACAGAACUUGAUGCUGGGACAUCACGGACAAAAAACUGGUGCUCAUUCCACAGAUAUAUUAUUAUUAUUAUCCACACCAUUCCAGGAACAGUCUAUGACACUCUGAUGAUAUCACCACUUCAACUGUUAAGACAAUACAAACCAAUGAUACCAUCACUUAAGUGAUUUAAAUCAAUGAUAUCAGUACUUCAGUGAUUUAAACCAGUGAUAUCAGUACUCAGUGAUUUAAACCAGUGAUAUCAGCACUCAGUGAUUUAAACCAGUGAUAUCAGCACUUAAGUGAUUUAAAUCAAUGAUAUCAGUACUUCAGUGAUUUAAACCAGUGAUAUCAGCACUUCAGUGAUUUAAACAAUGAUAUCAGCACUUCAUUGAUUUAAACCAGUGAUAUCAGCACUUCAGUGAUUUAAACCAGUGAUAUCAGCACUUCAGUGAUUUAAACCAGUGAUAUCAGCACUUAAGUUAUUUAAACCAGUGAUAUCAGCACUUCAGUGAUUUAAACAAUGAUAUCAGCACUUAAGUGAUUUAAACCAGUGAUAUCAGCACUUCAGUGAUUUAAACCAGUGAUAUCAGCACUUCAGUGAUUUAAACCAGUGAUAUCAGCACUUAAGUGAUUUAAACCAGUGAUAUCAGCACUUCAGUGAUUUAAACAAUGAUAUCAGCUCUUCAGUGAUUUAAACAAUGAUAUCUGCACUCUUUCAAAAUGUGCCAACUUUCAAAUUGAUCUAAUUCUGGAAGGGAAGAUUAAUGAUGGGGAAAAUGGGAAUCCCAGAAGAGUAUGUCGAGUGUUGACAUGAUCCCAGAAAGAAUGUCAGUGUUGAUAUUAUCCCAGAAAGAAUGUCAGUGUUGAUAUGAUCCCAGAAAGAAUGUCAGUGUUGAUAUGAUCUCAGAAAGAAUGUUUCAGGUGUUGAUAUGAUCCCAGAAAGAAUGUUUCAGGUAUUGAUAUGAUCCCAGAAAGAAUGUUUCAGGUGCUGAUAUGAUCCCAGGAAGAAUGUGUCAGGUGUUGAUAUGAUCCCAGAAAGAGUGUGUCAGGUGCUGAUAUGAUCCCAGAAAGAAUGUGUCACGUGCUGAUAUGAUCCCAGAAAGAAUGUGUCAGGUGCUAAUAUGAUCCCAGAAAGAAUGUGUCAGGUGCUGAUAUGAUCCCAGAAAGAAUGUGUCAGGUGCUGAUAUGAUCCCAGAAAGAAUGUGUCAGGUGUUGAUAUGAUCCCAGAAAGAAUGUCAGUGUUGAUAUGAUCCCAGAAAGAAUGUUUCAGGAGUUGAUAUGAUCCCAGAAAGAAUGUGUCAGGUGUUGAUAUGAUCCCAGAAAGAAUGUUUCAGGUGCUGAUGGAUCCCGGAAACAAUGUGUCAGGUGCUGAUAUCCCAGAAACAAUGUGUCAGGUGUUGAUAUGAUCCCAGAAACAAUGUGUCAGGUGUUGAUAUGAUCCCAGAAACAAUGUGUCAGGUGUUGAUAUGAUCCCAGAAACAAUGUUAGGUGUUGAUAUGAUUUAGAAAGAAUGUGUCAGGUGUUGAUAUGAUCCCAGAAAGAAUGUGUCAGAUGUUUAUGUGGACCCAAGAAAAGGUGUUUAUGGAGAUCCCAGAAAAAGAGAGUGAGCUGUUGAUGGGGGUCCCGGAAAGAGUGUGUCAGGUGUUGUGGGGAUCCCGGAAAGAGAGUGUCAGGUGUUGAUGAAUAUCCUGGAAAGUGUGUGUCAGGUGUUGAUGUGGGAUCCUGGAAAGUCGGAAUUUGGGUGUAGUUUAGUGGUAGAUCACUCUCCUGAGAGGGGAAGGAUCAUCAAAUGUUUUUUUUUCCAUUCUAACCAGUGCUGUAUGACUUAUGUUAAAUGGUUGUGCAUAUAAAAGAACCCUUUCUUCUAAUUGAUAAAAGUGAGAGUAGUGGGUUUCUUCUCUCCAGACUAAGUGUCAAAAUUGAUAUAUGUGAAUAUACUUAAUAGCUGUUAUUUGAAUAUGAUGACUUACAACUGAAUUUACAUUCCUUUCCUUUACCACAAAGCCGUACGAUUGCUGUUGAGUGUUUGUGGUUGAUUAUAACAUACUGGUAGGUCAAGUGCUAUGUUUGCUUUAAACAAGUGGACCAAAUAUCCUAGUCACCCCAGCAUUGAUCUUAUGAAGGAGUACAGAAAUAAUAGCUUUCUAGUAUUUUAUAGAGGUUGUUAAAAUGUAUAUAGGUUCAGUGACUAUAUCUGGAAUAGUCCUCUGUACAAACCAUUAGUUAAAGCUUGUGUCAGGGAUGUGUUUACUAAUACUGACUCUUAUAUCUGGAAUAGUCCUCUGUACAAGCCAUUACUUAAAGCUUGUGUCAGGAAUGUGUUUACAAUUACAGAUUAUAUCUGGAAUAGUCCUCUGUACAAACCAUUACUUAAAGCUUGUGUCAGGAAUGUGUUUACUAAUAUUGACUCUUAUAUCUGGAAUAGUCCUCUGUACAAACCAUUACUUAAAGCUUGUGUCAGGGAUGUGUUUACUAAUACUGACUCUUUUAUCUGGAAUAUUCCUCUGUACAAACCAUUACCUAAAGCUUGUGUCAGGGAUGUGUACUGUUACUGACUCGUUUCUGGAAUAGUCCUCUGUACAAACCAUUACUUAAAGCUUGUGUCAGGGAUGUGUUUACUAAUACAGAUUGUAUUUUUAAAUUUAUGCUUCUGUCUUUCAUUGGUCAUCAGUAAAGACGAAUGUUAUGUCAAACCAGUUUUUGUAAUGGUUUUUUUUUUUUUUUUUUUUUUUUUUUUUUUUU